AUAUAUAUUCACCCGAUACCACUUUUCCUCGUGCACUCAACCCGACAACUCUAAAAAACUUUCACCACCGCCGAUGAACGGAACCACCACCCGCCUCCGUUCGCCACCACCCACAAACGGCCACUUCUCCAACGGCGCAAUCCCGCACCGCCCGGAUUCCCCCGACAUGAUCAAGAAAAGAUCUUCGGUCCCCUCCGCCAACGGCGGCAACAUUUGCUGCGGCGGCGUACGCAACGCCCAUUUCCUGAAAUGGACGGCGGCGGAUGUACUGGGUUUGCCCCUCCACCACCCGGUACCCUGCGUAUUCGCGGCGUCGCUCCUGUUUUUCAUGGCCGUUGAGUACACUCUCAGCAUGAUCCCAUCGUCGGCUCAGCCGUUCGAUCUGGGUUUCGUCGCCACCACCAAUCUCCACCGGCUGCUCGCCGCCAGACCUGCUCUCAACACCCUUCUCGCCGGCCUUAACACGGUAUAUGUGGGGAUGCAAACGACUUAUAUAAUAUGGACGUGGGUGAUCGAGGGUCGGCCGAGAGCUACCAUUUCGGCAUUGUUUAUGUUCACAUGUCGAGGAAUUCUUGGAUAUGCCACACAACUCCCCUUACCUCAGGAAUUUUUGGGGUCGGGAGCGGAUUUUCCGGUGGGGAAUGUCUCGUUUUUUCUUUUUUAUUCGGGGCAUGUAGCUGCCUCGGUUAUUGCCUCGUUGGAUAUGAAGAGGAUGCAGAGAUGGGGAUUGGCAUACACAUUCGAUUUCUUGAAUGUGUUGCAAGCGAUUAGGCUUCUAACCACUAGAGGUCAUUACACGAUCGAUUUGGCCGUUGGGGUUGGUGCCGGAAUGUUGUUCGAUUCACUCGCCGGAAAGUACGUGGACACCAAGAAAACGUUGUGCACGUAGUAGUAGUGCCGCCACAAGUGGUGGUGCGUAUUGUAGAUUUUUCUAAUUACUAUUGACGGAGUCUCGUACAAGUGGGCUUUUUGAUGGAAAUUCAUAUGAUUGUGUGUUUGUACAAGGUGGGAAUGUGAUGCCUUAAGGAGUGUUUAAAGAUUUUGGCCAUGUACUAAGAUACAAUUGUGAUUUUUUUUGUUCUUUUUUUUUUUAUUUUUAAAUUUAUUGUUUAUGCCUCGUACCGUGUAUUGCAAUGUAUGUUCCGAUUUCUUGCUCCAUCUCGUAUGGUCGAUCUUUCACAUGUUGUACAU